AUGAUCUCGGGCUUCUUCAUCUUCAACCAGAAGGGCGAGGUCCUCAUCUCACGCCUAUAUCGGACGGACCUGAAGCGUUCUAUCGCAGACGUGUUCAGGAUACAAGUUGUCUCGAACAGCGACGUCCGUUCACCCAUUAUCACCCUUGGCUCAACAAGCUUCUUCCACGUACGCAUAAACAAUCUCUACGUUGUUGCGGUCACGAAGUGCAAUGCCAAUGCUGCCCUCGUAUUCGAGUUCUGCUACCGCUUCAUCUCAAUAGCAAAGUCCUACUUUGGCAAGGUCGACGAGGAGGCCAUCAAGAACAACUUCGUUCUUAUCUAUGAGCUCAUUGAUGAAAUUAUCGACUUUGGAUACCCCCAGAACAGUGAAGCCGAUACCCUGAAGACAUAUAUCACGACGGAGAGCGUGGUAGCGUCCUCUAUAGCUGCGGAAGAGUCAUCGAAGAUCACCACGCAAGCGACUGGCUCAACAAGUUGGCGGCGGGGAGACGUCAAGUACAAGAAGAAUGAAGCAUUUGUUGACGUGGUCGAGACUGUCAACUUGAGCAUGAGCGCAAAAGGCACAAUUCUGCGUGCCGACGUGGAUGGUCACAUUCAGAUGCGUGCAUACUUGUCCGGGACACCGGAAUGCAAGUUCGGCCUCAACGACAAGCUCGUAAUCGACAAGAACGAGCGUACUGGGGGCGACGCUGUUGAACUUGACGAUUGCCGUUUCCAUCAGUGUGUUAGGUUGGAUGAGUUCGACUCUAGUCGUACAAUCAGUUUUGUUCCGCCAGAUGGCGAGUUCGAGCUGAUGAAGUAUCGGUCAACAACGAACGUCAAAUUGCCCCUCAAGGUCAUUGCCACGGUGAACGAGAUUGGCACGACGCAGGUGUCUUACGUGGUCGCCGUCAAGACAAACUUCAACAACAAGCUUUCCGCGACGAGCGUCAUCAUACGGAUACCAACACCUCUCAACACAACGAGCGUCGACUGCAAAGUUGCACUUGGGAAGGCGAAAUAUGUGCCAGCCGAGAACGUAGUGGUCUGGAAGAUACCGCGAAUACAGGGAGGACAGGAAGUGACGUUCUCUGGAACAGCGAAGCUGACAAGCACGACCAACCGCCAAGUCUGGGCGCGCCCGCCGAUCGACGUCGACUUCCAGGUUCUCAUGUUCACCUCGUCGGGCCUGAUUGUGCGCUUCUUGAAGGUGUUCGAAAAGAGCAACUACCACAGCGUGAAGUGGGUGCGCUACCUCACGAAGGCGAGCGGGUCCUAUCAGAUCCGGUACGAAGGACGGUAG